UGGCGCAUGCGCAAAGGCCAUAUAAACGAGAUAGCUGUUCCACAGCUGUAACUGCUGUAUGUGCGCUUCUAUAUCAUUGCAAUAUCAGCCAGACAUCCCAACGCCAUUAAUAAUUAAUAAUACUAUCUACCAUAAUAAUUAUAAGUAUCUACCACAGCAGCACAGCUAAACAAUAAAGAUACCGCCUCGUUAUCUGCUAGUUUAGCCGGCUGCUAGCAGUAGUAGCAUCAUGUUUACCUCCCAAACCUCGUCCUUCCAAGAUUCAAUCGACGUGGAGGAGAGAGAUGACUUUGACAGCGAAGAAAUUGCUGGAUACAGCCAGAAAAUUCAAUUGAACUGCUACUACACCAUCUACCUUUAUCAAGGCACCAGAUCUGAGGCUACUGGGGAAAAUGUGGCAUGGAACCAGAGAAGAGCAGACUCCACAACCAGUCAAGAUGACUUUAGCCUGACUCUGAUUGACAGCAGCCUGCCAUUGGAGGCGGAACCUGAGCUGCGGACCUAUAUUUCAAGGAGGCUGAGUAAAGGAGCCCUGCUUGGAGGCAUGGGCAACAUCGCCACGGUGGAACUCAGUAUCCCAGAGCAGGCAGUCGGCUGCUACUGCUGUCUCCUGGAGCAGGAAAGGUCUCCUGAACAGCCUGAUGCUGACGGCAAUGGAUAUGUCAUCUGCUUUAUGGGGGGCUCUGAAAAAGGACUGAACCUAUUUAGGUUAGAGCUUGAUAAAUACGUCCAAGGUCUACAUAGCAGCCUGCAAACCCCAGAGCUGCAAAAUCUUGAGACAGAGGUGCGUCCCUAUCUGAGCCGGUGGUACGAGGAGUCUGUGAUGCACAUUUAUCGUGUGGUGCAGCUGGUCCAGAGCAACAUCAGCUUCCUGCUGCAUGCUGCCCUGAGUCACACACACGUGGACAUCAUCAAUUCAGACGAAAGGACAAAGGCUGAUGUGUUGAGGUUCAUUAAAGCAGCCAGUUUGCAGGGCCUGUCCCAGCAGGACACCACAACAGCGUCUCUGUGUAAGGCUAUCUCAGAAGACACACACUCUGACCUGACUAUAGACUGCUCCGCCAGCCCGCCCACACUCACCAACACUGUGAGUAAUCGGUUCUGUGACGACUGGAUUCAGGCUUUUUUAAACGCUGCAGAGAGGUGUAAUCCCUUCUUGCUCAGACAGAUUCUGGAGAACUUCAAACUUAAGGCCAUCCAGGACAUGAACAGCUUGAAGCGCUUCGUGCGGCAGGCGGAGAUGAGUCACUACGCUCUGUUUCGCUGCUACCAGUUCCUGCAGGGCUGCGGAAACGGGGAUGUGCUGCUGCAGAAUGCCAGGGCAGAGCAUAGCGACCUGCCUGAAGCCUGCAGCAUCAUCACUGUCCUGGAGGAGUUCCUCAGGGAUCAAUCCCAGGCCCAGGCCUGAUUCCAUUAUAACACCUUAGUCCAAGUUGUGGCGCCUGGUAAGAUAGUCUGCUGUACCAACCACAAAGCAGAUAACCUAGUAUCUUUCUAAACAUAGCACUACAUCCUAUCUUAAACAUGUUUGCCAGAUUAAAUGUGGCAGUGGGGAAAUUCUGGCAGCGGCUACGGCAGAUCCAGAACUUAAAUAUAAGCGAUAAAACAUAAGUUUCCUGUACUGGCACUUCUGCUGCCUCUCAGCUAAAACAGUGGCGGUCUGAUUUGGAAUAUGUACUGUAAAACACUGACAACUUACACUCAGCUUCUCAACAAAUGUGUCUUUUUAGGUCUAAUCAUAUUUUAAUAACUUCAUUAUUUAAGUAACUUCACUGCAUUGAUCCUGACAAUUAAGAUUAGUUGCUGGUUGAAGAUGAGAUAAAAAUAUUUUCGUGCAUCAUGUGGUAGUUACCUCUAUAUACCCCACAUCAGGUGAAGGUGAAUUUUAAAAAAGUGGCACUUUCACAACCUUUUCCUUCUGCAAUUUUUGUGUUGCGUGAGUGUGUAUAACAAUAAUAUGAACCAAAUAUUAUUACUAGUCUUUUGCUAACUGACAAUGAUCACAACAGAGUUGAUCCAAACUGGUGCGAAAUUAUCUAUUGCUUAGUUGAUGUCCAAAUAUUCUUUACAUUGUUUUGUAUUUAAUUUGAUUGUACUGGUUUUCUUAAUAGAAGAUGAGAAGAGAAUUGCACAAAUCACUUUUAUGCAUAGCACGUUACAUAUUCUUUGCUUUUGCUCACUUUCAAUCCCAGUACCUGCACUACUAUAUAAUUAUUGUCUAAUGAAUACUGCUACUGUAUGUACAUAUGUCUAUCAAGUGAUAUUAGAUGUAUGUUUAAUCCUUCUCUGGGAAUGCAGUGUUGUAGAUAUAGUGUAAUUUUUGGAUAUCAUGUGUACAGUAGUGCAAAUUAUGUUCUGUUUACAAACAUUAUCUUCCAAGCCUUCACCAGCUAAACAGUUCAUGAGAACAAAAUGGGCACUACGUGACCAGCCGCUCACUACAUUUACUAAGCAUUUGUUUAGUUUAAAGCUCCCACAAAAAAUGUUCUAUGUAUAUUAAUACCCACAAAAAAAUGUUGUGAGGACAAGUAAGGAGUUAAAAUGUAGAAUAAAAGAAGAUGACAUAUUGAACAGUGAAUGUUAGCAUGCCCAUAUUUUAUUUUCCUUUCAUCGUGUUCCUGCAGCAAAACAGUUUGAUGUAAUGAACCAAGCCUCAUCUGAGAAAGUGAAGGUUUUUAUAUUCCAUGAAACCCAUAAAGGGUUUUAGAACUAAGCUCAUUCCCAUUCAAACCAGUCCAAAGUUUGUAAUAUAGCAAUAUUAAUGUUGGUGGUGUAUACUUUAAAAACUGUGAACCGAGUGACGUGUAAAUGAGUCAUUUUGCUAUCGUGAACCAUAGUGCAACUGACCCACAGUAUGUGUGUGUAGACAUCUCUGUACAGCGUGUUGUAUAGUUAUAAAUAUCUGUGUGGUUUCUGGUCUUGUAUAUAGGAAGCUGAAAUAAAUACAACAAUGAACAAG